GCUAUGCCACUGACAAAAGAAAAAAUCUCAAAACAAAUUUUGUUGAAUUUUAUGUAGAAUGUAGGAUGUAGGAUAAGUUAGGUAUUUACUUAUAGUUCGUUCGUAUAUCAUUGCAAUAGUAUUUUUAGUCAGUGUUUUUUUAAAUUACAAAACCAAAGAAAAUUUAAUAAAUCUGUAAUAGGAAUAGGAGACAAUUACAAAUAAGCAGAUUUUAGGCCGUCGGUUGUCUAAUCGGAAAGGUGCCGGGUUAAAUUACAUGAUGCGCAGAAAGGUACAGGUUCAAAUCCCACCUCUACCAUGUACCAAUCACUACGGUGAGGGAAAAAAUCGUGAGGAAACCUGCACAUUCAGAAUGGCUGAUAAAAAAAUUAAUGAAACUCUUGUGUUUGGAAUACAAACUCUAAUUGUUACCUGUGUUCUGUUUGUGUGCAAGGGAGUCACUUUUGACAACACGCAGAAAUGGGUGGUUAAUAUUGUCCGAUAUAUUUUCUACGUGCUCUUUAUACGGGGGUCUUACGAAGCAACCUCACUUGCGUACAAAAUGAUCAAAUUAAGACAGAACACUAACAUACAAAUUCUGUUUCAAGUGUACAAGACAUAUUUGUACAUUUUUGCGGGCGUCAUCGCAUUUUUAAUGUAUAACAACGAGAGCUUGUUCGGGGAUGAAUUUCUGUUUCUUUUCAUUGCUUGGCUAGUGGCUAAACAAUUGGAAAUGGGUUACACUCCAUCCUCAAUCCGUUACGGCAUCGGCAUGGCUUGCAGUUUCUUCGAGGGUUAUUUGGCGCACGUGAUCCCCAGCGACGGCGCACAGUUCGUGGGCUUCGAGGAGAACAUCCGGAUCUACGAGGCUCGGGCUGGGAUUGUGUUCCCGGUUAAGGUUUUGUUCAUCAUCAUCACCAAGUCCAUGUACUGCCCCCCGGAUCUGAUGAUGUUCAACAAGCCCAACACCGAGGAGGUGUUGCCAUAUUUGGAAGCAUGCGAGUCGCUGGAGGACGUGACGAAAUCGGUGGCUGGCGUCAAGAACCGCAUCUACCGCAACUCGGCGUACAAGAUCCACCGCGCCGGCGCGGGCGCAGCGCCCGUGUACCUGGCGGCCGAGUGCGCCACGCCGCUGCACACGCUGCACAGGGUGCUCCAGCGCAGGGCUCUGUACCACGAACUGAAAAACAAAGACAUAGACGAGGUGGUGACGGACUUCUGCUAUAUGCUGCGCAGCAUCAUCUCCAAGAGCGAUGAGUGUCGCGGGAAAUGCGAACUCGUAUACUUUGACAAUACAAACCCACAGUUGAAUUUAGCUGAUGUUUUGCUGGACAAAAUACGUGAGCUCGAGCCUAACUUCGAAAACGUGCAGUCAAAAACGUAACAGAUUAAAAAUAUAUUUGUAAUAGCUAUGACGUUAAAUUUGUGAUUUAAAUUUAAAGAAUGUUCGAAAAUGUUUUAUUUUUUUUUUUAAACCACUCGCAUAUGCAUGCUACUAGUUGUUCAAACUUCAUUCUGAUUGUUUUUUUUUUUAAGAAAUGGACAAAGUAGAGAAAACGUCAUUCAGAUAAUUUUUAUAAUCUUUUUGUUUUUUUUUAGACCAUCAUUAAUUAAUUUCAGAGUACAACUAAUUACGGUAUAACUAAAGUCGGCGACAAAAAAGUUUUUAGAGAGGUUUUUCUGUUAUUUGUGGACUUACAAAAAGUUUAACUGAAUUACAAUGGACGAAAUAUAUAUUAUUUUUGUUUGUUUUAUAUAAUUUUUUUUAAUAAAAAAAUAUUAUUAUUAUUGUAAGAGUAAAUGAAAAUUUUACUUGCAAGUUACUAUUAAGAACACGUGCAUUUAAUAAUUUUUCAAUAGUUUUAAUUGUAGGAUUUAAUUUGUUUUAUUAAGUUUCAACGCAAAACUUACAAAUUCAUUUGCAUUUGUCAUAAAUCGAUUAAAUCGAUGGAUACUAAAAACUGCACAGAUUAACCUUAUUUAGAUUUUCCAUCACUCGUUUUGAUAUAGAUUUAGUUUUUAUUCAGAGAAAAUUUUUCGUUAAAUCAAACAUUGUUUAAUUUUGCGUAUUUUUUAAAAGUUAUAGUUAAUUUUUUAUAAUAAGUUAAUUAUUAAGUUAUCACUUACAAUAUUACUUAUUUUGACAAUAAUUUUAUCGUUUAUCCUAGUUAAUCCUGACAUUGCAUAUAAAUAUCUUUUGAUGGCAUUCUUAAAAAUAAGUUUUCGUAACCAGAGCAUUUUUGCCCAAUGAUAGCAUUUUUAUUUGUCAAGUGACUUCUUAUGAUGUUUAGUUAUAUAACUUUUUAUUUUAAAGCCUAUUAAAAAUUUUUAGAAAUUUAAUUUACGCCAUAACUUAACCAAAUACGUGUGCGAAUGAAAGUUUGGAAAAACUACUAUUUUUAUAUUAUUUUAUUGGUUGACAUAAAUGUUUUACAAAUAAUUGAUAUUGUAAUGUAAGUUAAAUGAUUAUCAUAAUUUUGUAACGUACGUUUUCAUUACAAUCUAUUGGUCUUAUUAGUGAAAGGUACAAACUUCAUAAUGUACCUAUAAACCUACAAAUGUUUUCGAUAGUGAGAUGUUAAGCUGAGUACACACCAGGCCAACGAUGGCUAAAGAAUGUGCCAAUGAACGUUAGUAAAUUAAUAAUAAUAUAUAGGGUGACUUUUAAUUCAACUGCGUAAAUUUAACUGUUAAGUGUACUCAUCUAAAGGAUAUUUAAUAACGUUAAAAGAAAAAUAUCGGUUCAUAUUUCAGAAAGUACGAAAAAAAUAAAAGUAUCAAAAUCCACGAUCCUAAAUACGUCAUAUCACCCCGGCCGGCGGAAAAGCGACGCGUAAGAUUCAGAGGUCAACGAAACAAUUCAUUCAGCUGAGCGAUCUCGACAACUCUGUACUUUACUUGAUCUUGAUACUAGAAAAUUAAUUUAGUUUUAAUUUCUUUUUGUAAUAUUGGUCUUUAAUAAAGCGUGUGACGUAGAUUUUGAGGGUUUUUUAAAUGUGAAAAUGAUGACGUUUAAUUUAAAUAAAAAUAGGCUUAAACAGCUCAGAAGCAUGGGUAUAGUCUAUGUUUAAAAGGAUGCAGUUGUUUUAAAUGUCACCCUAUAUAUAUUUACGAGACAAAUCACACAGAUUGAGUUAGCCUCAAAGUUAGUUUGAAACUUGUGUAAUGGGAUACUACAAUCAGAAAAUGUUAUUUUACCGUCAUGAUCUGACGAGUGAAGGAACCCGGGCCCUUUUGGUUCAGAGCCGAGAUUCCGACAACUGUGCCAAACAGGCCGUCACAUGUGUUGAUAUCAUACUAAUAUUGUUCCGAUUUCUUUGGUCCGGUGUGUGUUAUCAUCGUUAUGCGAUAAUUGUAAGCCUUGUUUUUUGAAAUAAUUAAGUGGAAACACUUUUGUGGUGAUAUCACUUUGAAAACCUAUUUUUGUGAUUUUUUUUUUGCGCGAAUCAGAUUUAAUUUAGGGCGCUGUAAAGCAACUAUUACUCUCUGUGUGACAUUGUUAAGUGCUUUUAGGUUAUUCUUACACAAAUUUUAAGUCAAAUUAGAUUAUUUUGUUCUCAAGCAUAGCUUGAUCUUAAGACUGUAAGUCAUAAGUUAUCUCAAAGAUAAUAAAAUUGAUUA